AUGCUGUCGGUUUGGGCAGGCAUCAUCCUUUUAUUCGGAUAUGUCGUUGGUCAAAGGCUAUUCUCACCUUUGUCGAAGGUGCCAGGCCCGUGGUUUACAAGGUUUACGAGUCUUUGGAUCAAGUACCAAGAGUUCACGGUGAAUCGACGGGAGGCCAUUCAUGAACUUCACAAGGAAUACGGGCCGGUCGUCCGCCUUGGUCCAAAUGAAGUAUCAUUUACAAGUCUCGAAGCCAUCAAGGAGAUUUAUGCUUCUGGAGGCAGUGGCUAUGACAAGACGGAAUUCUAUUCCCUUUUCAAGCAGUUCAAGACAAAGACUAUGUUUUCUACACUACCCAAGGACGAGCACAGCAAGAGAAAGCGCAUCUUCGCAGAGAGGUAUGCUAUGACCAAUGUCAUGAAAGCAAAGCCUCUGGCUGCUAUCCAUGAGCGUGCAAUGGCCUUUGUGAACCAGUGUGCCGAAGCCGGCAAGAAAAGCGUCGAUGUAUAUGUGCUCCUGCACUGUUACGCUGUCGACUGCGUCACACACUUCAUGUUCAGUCCGGGCGGACUGAAAUCGCUCACCAUUCAGAAGGACUUUGAGAUCAUGCGAGAGCUAACCUAUCAUCAAAGUCUACAGAAAAACCUUCUGGAGUACUAUCUCCCUGCACUGGCCCCAUACUUCCCCAAGAUUCUUCAUCCGCGAGCAUCCCCCAAAACCAACCAAUACGUACAAGACAUGGUCGCACAGUCCGAAGUCGAAAGCCACACACUCGUGGAAAAGCUGAAGCGCAAGGAUUCUAACCUGGAGCUCAUCCAAGCCGCCGCAGAAUGCAAAGACCACAUGGCAGCAGGAAUCGACACAACCGGCGACGGCCUUUGCUUCCUUAUGUGGGAGCUUUCGCAAUCUCACAACCUUGAAUUUCAAACCAAACUUUACCGUGAAUUGGCUGCUGCGCCGGCAGAUGCAUCCUUGGAUAGCUUGGUUUACCUCGACGCGGUCAUCAAGGAAGCACUGCGUUGCUCGCCGCCUAUCCCGAUGUCGCUGCCUCGCUAUGUUCCACACGGUGGACGAAUGAUUGACAAUUACUUUAUCUCCGCGCAUACGAUUGUCAGCUGCCAGCCUUAUACUGUGCACCGUUAUCACGAGGAGGUAUUCCCCGACCCGGAUCGGUUCUAUCCUGAGAGGUGGCUUGAGGAGAAGGGCGCUGCGGAAAGGAACAGAUAUUUCUUUUCCUUUGCUGUUGGAGGUAGGGGAUGUACGGGCAAGAAUCUCGCCUUGGUGGAGAUGAAGACCCUGCUACGAGAAGUGUACUCGCGCUUCCAGACUACUGUUGCUCCGGACAUGACGGGGUCUAUGGAGAUAGACGACCAGAUUAUUUCGUCGAGGCCAAAGGACCAGACUUGCAAGUUGGUAUUUACUCCUGUUUAG